UUCGUCGUCCUCAUCUUCACCGCUGUUUGGGAUUGCAAACCUGUCCAGCGGCUUUUGCUGAUCGAGCGGCCAUCUUCCAAUUUUUUUUUUAACAGUCUCUCGUCGAUCUCUUAUCUUUCCGACCGUCUGUCCACUCUCACCUCCUCGACCAGAUCCAUCUAUCGAGUCCUCUGCACCUGGUGGUGGAAUGCGACCGGAUCCAUCUAUCGACUCCGCACCUGGUGUUGGAAUGCGACGUGGAAGCUCGGAGGCUAUGGCGGCCGAUCAGCACUGUGGCAGUUUUCAUGGUCGUCAACAACAACAACAACAACAGCAGCAGCAGCCGCAGUCGCAGCUGAGAGAUGAAGAGGAUGAACCCCAUCAUCAGCUGGAGAUCGCGUUUUACGAUAUGCAAUCGACGGUUCCUUCGAAGAAGGGAGAUGAAUCAGAGCCGUUGGAAUUUAGCUCGAUCAUCCUGGCCGCCCAUGGCCUGUUCGAAACCGACUCCUUCUCCUCCCUCCUUCGCCCCUCCAGUGUUUCCCUCAUCACGACGGUCAGUGUUGCUAGCAAUGGCAUUACGAGGGAUGCGGUUCGGGAUGCUCCCUCCUUUGAUGAGGUCGCCGACACCAUUUUUAACGUGCUGCAUGGACGAGUUUGGGCUGGUCAGAACAUUUCCAAGGUGGGAAAUGCACGAAUUCGAGAGGCAUUUCAGCGUGCUAAUCGCUCGCCCCCUGAGCCCGUUGCAGUUCUGGACACGCAGCUACUUCUUCAGAAGUGUUUUGGGAAAAGGGCAGCGGAAUUGAAGUUCAACAAACUGAACAGAAUCUCCGCAGAAGCGUCCAGAAUCAGGCGUUGCGGUAGCUAAGAACGCUGCUAGUGGGACUUGGACCCCAAGGGUGUCUACGAUUUUCUAGAUCGUUGCGCGGUAACGCGAGGCCCUAAAACGAGAAGUGGUGAUUUAUUAGGACCUCGCGUUACUGCGCAACGUCGAAAAAGGGGAAGGUUAAAAAAAAAAAAAGAAGGGUUUGAAUUAAAACGAAAAGAAAAACGAAAGGCGUAACUUUUGGAAACGAACGAAGCUUUAGGGCCCUCUCCCUCGGGUCAUGAGGAGUCGAGUCGAAAACGAAACGA